UUCGAAUUUCUUCAUUUCAUCGUAAAAAUGGUUCACUAUAAGUUGACUUAUUUUAAUGCACGCGGACUUGCUGAAAUUUCAAGGCAACUAUUUCAUAUGGCUGGAGUAGAGUUUGAAGAUGAACGAAUCAAUGAGGAGAAGUUUUCUCAAUUGAAACCAACUUUUCCUAGUGGACAAGUUCCAAUUUUGUGCAUAGACGGAGCUCAAUUCUCUCAGUCAACUGCCAUCGCGCGAUACUUGGCUAGAAAAUUUGGUUUUGUUGGUCAAACUGCAGAGGAGGAACUUCAAGCUGAUGAGGUAGUCGAUACUUUCAAAGAUUUCAUUGAGAGCUUCAGAAAAUUUGUGAUUGCCGUACUUUCCGGCGAAUCCGAGGAAAUAUUGAAAAACAUCCGAGAAGAAGUUAUUAAACCAGCAGUCAAAACUUACACUGCCUACUUGAAAGCGAUUCUCGAGAAAAGUUCAUCAGGAUAUCUUGUUGGAAAUGAAUUAACAUGGGCAGAUUUAGUGAUUGCUGAUAAUUUGACAACGUUGAUUAAUGCCGAGUUGUUGGAUAUUGAAAACGAUAAACUUUUAAAAGAAUUUCGUGAAAAAAUAAUCGAGACUCCGAAAUUGAAGGAAUGGUUGGCAAAACGUCCUGAGACAAGAUUUUGAUGAAGUCAUUUUGUUAUAUAUGAUGUCCCAAACGCUUAUUACAUAUUAAUAAAACAAUAUGUUCGUGUUUC